AGGGAGGGUAUAUAAAUGUCCAGACAACACCGCGGGACCACGGUCUGCCUGCCUGAGAAGACUGUCACACACAUCUCCAGCAGAGAAAAGAUGGAUCUUGCACUUCUGUCCUCCAUCCUGCUGGUCAUUUCUACUGUCCAUGCUUUCCAGUAUUCAGAGCUGGUGCAGUACAUUGACAGCCAUCAAGAAGAAUAUGUGGAGGCUCUGCGGGAUUGGGUUGCAAUCGAGAGCGACUCCAGCAACGUCUUGAAGAGACCAGACCUACACCGCAUGAUGGAGAUGGCGGCUCAGAAGCUGAGGCUGAUGGGAGGGACUGUAGAGCUGGUGGACAUCGGAGAACAAGAACUUCCUGACGGACAGACGUUAGCGUUGCCUAAAGUGGUGACAGCUCAGUUUGGCAACGACCCAAACAAACACACAGUGUGUGUCUACGGCCAUGUGGACGUCCAGCCGGCGAAGCUAGAGGACGGCUGGGCAACGGAUCCCUACAACCUGACCGACAUCAAUGGUAACCUUUAUGGACGAGGAGCGUCAGACAACAAGGCCCCAGUUUUAGCCUGGAUCCACGCGGUGGAGGCUUACCAGGCCCUCAAUAUGGAGCUGCCAGUGAAUGUGAAGUUUGUCAUUGAGGGCAUGGAGGAGACGGGCUCUAACGGCCUGGACGCCAUGAUCCUGGCCCAGAGGGACACUUUCUUCUCCGACGUAGAUUACAUCAUCAUCUCAGACUGUGGCUGGCUCAGCAGACGGCCCGCCCUCACCUACGGCACCAGAGGCAACUGCUACUUCUACGCUGAGGUUGAAGGACCUAAACAGGACUUACAUUCUGGUGUUUAUGGGGGCACUGUGAUCGAACCAAUGACUGACCUCGUUGGAAUUCUUGACACAAUGAUUAGCCCCAGCGGUAAGAUCCUGAUUCCUGGGAUCAGAGAGGCCGUGGCUCCCCUCUCUGAUGAGGAAUGGAGAAUGUACCAGGACAUCCAGUUUGACAUCGACAACUACAAGAACAAGAUCGGUGUCAACGAGCUCAUGUACAGCAACAAGGUGGACCUGUUGGCCCACAUGUGGCGCUACCCCACUGUCUCCAUACAUGGCAUUGAGGGGGCCUUCUCAGACCCGGGCACAAAGACAGUCAUCCCUGCUAAGGUUACUGCCAAGUUCUCCAUUAGACAAGUUCCCAACAUGGACCCUGCUAUGGUCAAGAAACAGGUAACAGACUACCUUCACUCAGUGUUUGCCAAGAGGAAGAGUCCUAACAAGCUGAAAGUCACCAUGGUGAUCGGGGCCAAGCCUUGGCUGGCCGACACUCAACAUCCUCUGUAUGAUGCUGGGAAGGCUGCUGUCAAGAGAGUUUUUGACAUGGAUCCUGAUCUGAUCCGUGAGGGCGGCACCAUCCCUAUUGCCAGAACCUUCCAGGAUGUGACAGGGAAAAGCAUCAUCAUGAUGCCCAUCGGAGGCUUUGAUGACGGGCUGCACUCCCAGAAUGAGAAAAUGAGCAGGUACAACUACAUCGAAGGGACCAAGUUAUUUGUUGCCUACCUGAAUGAAGUAUCCCAGAUUAAGCAUACCAGUGUGUGAUGUCUCAUGGCCUCAUUAAAUGACCAUCUAAACCAUCCCAGCGACAGUGAGCUCCCCCUGACACAAGCCUGGUUUUAUAUUUUCACUGUGCCUUCAUCUUUCUUUCAUCAAUUUCUCUGUCUCUUGCCAAGCUUUUAUUUAUCUGCAUCCAAAGAGCUUCCUCCCUCUCUCCCUCCCUCCGCUGUCAGUAAGUCUUUUUAAAAAUGCCUUUAUUCUACGCAUGAACGUAUACAAAAGGAGAAGCAAUGAAACAGCAAUAUCUAUCUAUCUAUCUAUCUAUCUAUCUAUCUAUCUAUCUAUCUAUCUAUCUAUCUAUCUAUCUAUCUAUCUAUCUAUCUAUCUAUCUAUCUCAUUUUGACAUUGUGAGUGAGUGUAAUGGCACGUGCUACUUCUUCUGAUUGGUGGAAAUGUCUGUAGUGAUCCCAUGUUGCUGUUCUUUGCAGAUGUGGCAUAUGUUUAUGCUCCAUGUAAUGUCAGACAGUACUGUAAGUGUGUGUGUGUGUGUGUGUGUGUGGUGUGUGUGUGUGUCAUGUAGUAAAAGCUGUACAAUGCAA